UUCCGGUGCCUGGCUUCACUUCCGACUCUGGUUCUUACUAGAAACCGCGUGGGCCUCAGGCUAUUCAAAGAAUUCCCCAAACAUGGAUAUCAGACCAAAUCAUACAAUUUAUAUCAACAAUAUGAAUGACAAAAUUAAAAAAGAAGAAUUGAAGAGAUCCCUAUAUGCCCUGUUUUCCCAGUUUGGCCAUGUGGUGGAUAUCGUGGCUUUAAAGACCAUGAAGAUGAGGGGGCAGGCCUUUGUCAUAUUUAAGGAACUGGGCUCAUCCACAAAUGCUUUGAGACAGUUACAAGGAUUUCCAUUUUAUGGUAAACCAAUGCGAAUUCAGUAUGCAAAAACAGAUUCUGAUAUAAUAUCUAAAAUGCGGGGCACUUUUGCUGACAAAGAAAAGAAAAAAGAAAAGAAAAAAGCUAAAACUGUGGAACAGACUGCGACAACCGCAAACAAAAAGCCUGGCCAGGGAAUGCCAAAUUCAGCUAAUACCCAAGGAAACGCAACACCAAAUCCCCAGGUCCCUGAUUACCCUCCAAACUAUAUUUUAUUCCUUAAUAACUUACCAGAAGAGACUAACGAGAUGAUGUUAUCCAUGCUGUUUAAUCAGUUCCCUGGUUUCAAGGAAGUACGUUUGGUACCUGGGAGGCAUGACAUUGCCUUUGUUGAAUUUGAAAAUGAUGGACAGGCUGGUGCUGCCAGGGAUGCUUUACAAGGAUUUAAAAUCACACCAUCCCAUGCCAUGAAGAUUACCUAUGCCAAGAAAUAACAUCUGGGACAGUAAUCUUUAAAGGACUUGGUGUCAUUUACAGUGUUUGUUUUGAUAACAUUCGGUCAGGUCAUUUAAUAGUUGGAGGUAGAGGGGCGUGAAAGUGAAAUUUUUGUGAAGAACUUACAUUAUCUAGCAUUUCUUUAGCUUUAGUGAACUAUGAAAUAUGAAGGCCUUAAUUUUGUACAAUAAAUUUUUAUUUGUAUCCUGUGU